GUACCAUACAACACUUCAGAGUCUGUGCGAUGAUGUACCCAUCAAUCAAACCAGACUAUUGAGAGAGUACAAGUUGAUACAGGAUAUUAAGCCAACUUAUACGAGAAAUGACUAUAAAACAGCAACAAUGCCCGCAAACUGGAAGAAGAACAAGGACCCAAACGUCUUAGCAGUUGAUAAAUUCAGAGCUUAUUUGCCCUCCUCGUCCUUUGGUAGAACGGAUUAUAUCAACGCUUUGGAAGUUCCUUCCUACACGUCUAGAACCGGCUAUAUCGUUACUCAGACACCUCUAGAGGACACCGUGGUCGACCUGCUGACAAUGAUAAUGGACCAAGAGUGUGAUACCAUCGUUAUCAUUGAAAACGAACCCGUCGAAUGGUUACCAGAAGAAGGCAAUGGUACAUCCAUUGGAUCAUUCAUACUGAGGCACGAAGGAGGAUCGUCAAAUCUGACUAAUACAGAUUUGAUAGAGGUUGCAAUCUCCAAUCAGGACCACAGAUAUGAUGCAAGAAUCAGGGUGUUCCAAAUGUCUGGUUGGGAUAGAGACGUGUCAGUCCCUCCGGAUGCUCCGGGUCUUCUGCAGCUCCUUGAACUUCUUGAAAGCAGACGGAGGUCAAAUUACUCAAAGAAAACAGUAGUCAUGUGCAGAGACGGUUAUUCACAGAGCGGCCUGUUCUGCUGUAUUUGCAAUGCUCGGGAUCAGAUGAAGAUUGACGAAGAGAUCGACAUAUUUCAGAUUGUUAAACAAAUACGUUUUAGACGCCCGGAAUUCAUCACCAACUAUGUGAGUAAAUUGCCAAUGAAAGUAUUAAGUGAUGUAGAUGGCAAAUAA